AUGCGAAUCUGCACUUUUUGUGGUGUUGCUAUGAAAUUAAAAGCAAGUAACAUGCGAAUAGAUAAACUUAAAUGGAGAUGUAUGAAUUUCCACCGUACAAAAUACCAAACAUCUGCAAGUUUUAGAUACAAUUAUAUGUUUGCUAAUUUCAAAAUUGAAUAUCAACUUAUUUUAGAAUCAAUUUAUUAUAUAUAUAUGGGCUUACAACCACUUAAAAUCUCACAGCUUACUGAAAUAAAAAAGAAAAUUUUAAAUAAAAUUUAA